AGCAAGUGCUCCUUCCUAUGAAAUAUUCAUAAGCCAGUUUUGUGACUGGUUAGCAAGACAGUAACAUGAUGCUACUUUAUCAGCAUAAGGCUUUGUGGCUGCAGGUGAUUUCUGAUGUUUUUAGACAAAUUACAGUUAUUAUUUUGCACUAAGCUUACUAACAAGCUAAUGUUAUUGUUAAUACAUAAUGUAAGAACAUCCAAUUUCAAGUCACUGUCAUCAUUUGUGAAACCAAUUUCAUUGCAGGACAGGUAUCACAACAAUGUAAAGAAGAACAUAAAUAUCAAUGUUUGGUUCAAAAAAUGCAUCAAAUAAAAUCAUAAUAUCAAGAAGACCAACAGGGUAAUGCAAUCAUUUUUAUCAUUACUGUCAUUGAUUUUCAGGAAUUCACAUUGGAAGGAGUGAUGGAAAACAGUUCUGAUGAAGAGUAUGUGCCUGUGGCAGGCUCAGGCACAGACUAUGAUGUGUCGUGGAAAAGUCUGAGACCAGGGGGUAAAGGAAAAGGGAGAGGAAAAGGUCGCUCGGAGGGUCGGGGAAGGACACGCUCAAGGGGUGAGGGCAGCAGGUCGAGGUCCAGAGCUCCUUCAAGAGGACCAGGGCGCCGGGGUAGGCAGCGAACAUCAGCUUUCAGAGAAGAGGACCGAGACCGGCUUGCACAGCUGAGAGCUGCCAGUAUAGUUGAGAUGCAGACAGCUUUACAACACCUGAGCCAGGAGGAGAGAGAUUAUAUUCUCGAGAGAGUGGUGAUCCGUCUUCCAGGGGUGAUGCUGGAUAUCCUGGAGUUUCGGCAAGAGACGCCAGGACACCAUCUUCCUGAUCGAGGGCAGCCUGUGUGGUGCACUUGCCAGAACGGCCGACGCAUGCCUACACAGAUUGAAAAUCUGUGCUGUAGGCAGGUUCCGGAACUCUGUCUAAGCAGAAGUGCUCACCUGGAGCUAUACUGCUUGGAUGAGGGCACACUGUGUCUAGUGAGGAUGACCUGGAACGACAUCUUCGCCUUAGAGGACAACCAAGAUGUGGGCACAGACAACCGAGAGUUUCGUUUUGCUGCGUAUCGUCAGUUUACAAUCUGGCAACAUGGGCGUCUGGGAAGAGGAAGUCGGAGACCAAUUCCAAGCUGCUGUGUUCUACGUAUACGGGAGAAAUUCCCUGAUCCAUUUGGGAAUUACACUGGUUACAAAGAAGCACCAUUUAGGGUUGCAGACUAAAAAUCCAAACCGUUUAUCUACAACUACAUUAGUUCCAAAACACCAAUACCUCAAAAUAACUUUAGCUGAAGACAGCAUUUUCACCCAAAAAUAAACAAACUGUUUGUGCAAUAUAUUUAUUUUUAUUUAUGUACAAAAAAGUUCUGUUAUUUGCAUUUGUACAUAGUAUUUUUCUUAAUUUCUAAUAAAUCAGUGUGCAUGAAAGAAGUCAUUCCUGUCCUUUGAUGCUUCACGUAGCUGGGGCCUUUAUGGAGAGAGAACAGCAGCAUUAGAUCAUAUAGCAAGGCUCCAUCCAAUCUGGUAACUGUCAUUUCAACUUGACCUUGGCACAACAGAAAAGUGAUGUGUUGUGCAGGUAGAGUGAACAUUACAAAUAGUUCCAGACUUAUAAAUGAAUUACUGGUGUUCUUCUGUAUAUUCUUACUUUGUGACUCAUAAUAGUCUUCUUUUUUUCUUAUGUAACACAGUUUGGGUAGAUGUUUUUUCCUUUUAUAUGCAGGCAGCAGAGGGACAAUGUCGCCAUCUGCUGCCUGCAUAUAAAUGGAAGCGACGUCUCGAACAGCUGGCGACUCUGGCGAAGGCGUAAGUGAUCCGACUGAAACAUGAAAGGUAAAAAUACAUCUACCCAAACUAUGUUAAAUAGGAAAAAAGAAGACAAAUACUGGUGUAUUAUAAUUGGUGAUACAUCCAAAACUGCAAAAAGGUGCAGCAGAUGGCUUGUGAAACUGAAUAUUUUAUGCUGAGGUUUAUUUAUUUAUUUUAACCAGUACAACAAUAAACAUAAUUAGAAUUGAGCUGGCAAGAAAUGUGGGAUUUUGUUGAAUGACACACCUGUCC